UGAUGAUGAUGAUGAUGAAGAGACGAUGAUGAACUGCGACUUCAACUUCUAGUGCUCCUUCACACAAGCUUUUUUCAAAGGUCUCAUCCUGACAGGGCUCUCUUCUCGGUUCCUCUCUAUUCCUCUCUCGACCAGAAUACCCUCCCAAACCUUGCUUUCUGACACUUCUCCCCCCCUGCUCUACCUUUCCCAACCCGACAUCUAGACUGGCCAUCAUCCCUCUGAUCACUUUGAAACAUUUACCACUCUCUGUCAAGGCGCAACUCCAGAUACAGGUAAUUCUAAUCAAUCAAAACAGGUAUCCUGACGUGUGAGCGGGAGGUUGCCCUUAUCUGCGUAUCAUAUUGGACCUACCAUGGAGUCGCAAACAGCUCAGUCAAUGAGCGCAGAUGAGAUUGCGCUGUAUGACCGCCAGAUCCGUCUUUGGGGAGUAAAGGCUCAGGAAAAGCUGCGAUCCGCGAAAAUUCUUCUUAUUACGUUCAAGGCUUUGGCGAACGAGGUUGCCAAGAAUUUGGUGCUUGCAGGUAUCGGUUCUCUUACAAUCAUUGACCAUGAGACUGUAAAGGAGGAGGACCUCGGCGCGCAACUUUUCGUGACAGAAGAUUGUCUCGGUCAAAAUCGAGCACAAGCUGCAGCUCCAGCUGUGCGUGCCAUGAACCCUCGGGUACAGCUCCAUAUCGACACGGAAGAUGUUCACCUCAAACAACCUGAGUUCUUUGCACAGUUUGACAUCACUAUUGCCACGGAACUUGACUUUCAUACUUACACUACUAUCAAUGCCGCUUGUCGUAUAGCAAAUCGUCCCUUCUACGCUGCCGGUCUGCACGGUUUCUACGGUUUCGUUUUCGCGGAUCUUAUCUCCCACGAUUUUGUGAUCGAGAGGUCCAAGUCCAACGUGCCAUCCGUCACCCAAGAGACUCCGACUCGGAGUAUCUUGGAUAUUACAACUAAAAGGGAGAGGGAGAAUGACAAGGUCAUUGAAAUGGUAACCAAGCGCGAAGUGUACUCCCCUCUGAUCCUCGCCAACACUUCUCCGCUCCCCGAAGAGUUCACACGCCUUCCUCGCAAACGCAGACAGGUCACUCCGUUGCUUACUUGUCUUCGUGCUUUGUGGGAAUAUCAGAAACUUUCCGCCGGCGCCCUCCCAACCUUCUCCCCGCAGGACCUAGAGGUCUUUACGAAACUCGCGCGAGACGGCCAUCAGGAGCUGAAGCUGGACAUAGCAACCCUCGAUGCCGGGUUCUUGCGUACCUUUUUGCAGAAUUUGAACAGCGAGCUGAGUCCCGUGGCAGCGUUCGUUGGUGGCAGUCUUGCACAAGAUGUAAUCAACGUGCUCAGUGCUCGCGAGCAACCUCUCCAGAACAUGCUACUAUUCGACGGUGAACGUUCAACCGCUCCGAUCUAUCCCCUGCACCCUAUUUUCCCGCCCGAGGUCGAUAACAUCCUUCCUGCCGUGAUCCCAGUUCCGAAUCCAAUUCCUCUGGAUGGGCCUCCUGUUCUGGCACCUUAAAUGGCCCAGAGAGCAAUGGAUGUUCCGUCGGGAUGGGUAAAAGAGGCACUGAGACACGGCAAGAGAGAGAGAACCAUCUCCUUAGAGUAUGGUGACAGAAUUGAGCGGUUGAACCUCUUGAUUCAAUGCUGUGGGCGGUGCGUUGCUUGCUUGGGUUGCGCUUGCG